AUGGACUAUUUAAUAAUUCGAAGAGCCGAAGAUGCAGUUAGUAAUGGAGCAGUUUCGUUGGGUCUUGAUGAAAAGUUACAAAAAAUGAUCGGUUUGAUUCUAGCGAUAAGCAGCGGCGUAUUUAUUGGAUCAUCAUUUGUGUUUAAGAAAAAAGGCCUUAUUCAGGCCCAAGGUCAAGCCGGAUCAGUUGCGGGUCAAGGACAUAAUUAUCUUUCAAACGGAUUAUGGUGGACAGGAAUGAUACUAAUGAUUAUUGGCGAAAUAUGUAAUUUCGUUGCAUACGCUUUUACACAAGCUAUCCUAGUUACGCCCUUAGGUGCGCUUAGCGUAGUUAUUAGUGCCAUCUUAUCUUCCAUAUUCUUAAAAGAAAGAUUAAACUUUCAGGGUAAAAUAGGUUGCACGCAAUGUAUCAUCGGCGCAAUUAUAAUUGUUUUACAUGCUCCUAAUCAACAUACCCCAACAGAUAUCGAAGAUUUUAAAAGGAUGUUUUUCGCACCUGGUUUCUUGGUAUACGCGAUUUUGGCAAUAUUGGGAUCGCUAGUAAUUAUUUGGAAAAUAGCUCCAAUAUAUGGGUCAAAACAUAUGCUGGUAUACAUUGGGAUAUGUUCGUUAAUUGGAUCCUUAUCAGUGGUAACGACGCAAGGUCUUGGUACAGCUAUACUUAAAACGUUUCAAGGAAAUAAUCAAUUCACACAUUGGUUUCUUUACGUGCUCAUGGCAUUCGUGUUAAUAACGUUAUUAACGGAAAUUAAUUAUUUGAAUAAGGCAUUAAAUUUAUUUAAUACGGCAAUGGUAACACCAGUAUAUUACGUUACAUUUACAAGUCUGACGAUAAUGAGUUCGGCGAUCCUGUCACAAGGUUUUGAAGCCGAACCGAAAAGCGUUGUUACGGUUGUAAUGGGAUUUCUUGUGAUUUGUAGUGGUAUAGUAUUAUUACAAGUCUCAAAGUCAACAGGAUUAGAUAGUGUAGGAACAAUUGAUUCACCAACUGACGCAGAUCUCGCUGAUAAUAGAUUAAGCAGGGUUGAUUAUAAUCCCGGUGCAGCAGAAAUUCGAGCGAGUUUUGGUAGUAUUCGCAGAUAUUCUAUGAGUGCAGGUAAAACUCGCCCCACGUUGCCUUCACAUACCAUACCUACUAGUAUUAAAGAAGAUACGAAUAGAAGAACCCAGAGUCUGAAUUAUGGUAUAAUUAAGAGAAGUAGUAUGCGUGAUAGUAAUUUACCAACAAUUAACGAGUUUGACAAAAAUGCUGCACGUUAUUCGUCGACAACAACAAAAUCUUUAGGAAAUCCACAAAUUGAUCCAAUUACACUGACUCAUGAAAAACAUAAUCAAUCAAAGAAUUCAAUUAUAAGAUUUUUCUCUUCACCCAUCUCAACUGAACCUGAAGAACGAAAUGAUACUACGAGAAGUCACCCUAUCAUUCAUACCACAACACCUUCAUUUUCUUCUUCUUCAACAAAAGUUGCUACUCCUCAAACUCCAACAAAGGAAUUGCAAUUAAAUAAAGAAAAUGACGGAUAUUAUAAUGAGCUAACUUUACCCCCUUUACCUUCCCCACUUCAACAUCCAAUAAAUUAUCUCAAACAACAUUUGUCCCCAACCAAUUCAUUUAUUUUGGAUAAUGGUUCCACUAUCAAUAGUGAAAGUUAUAGUGGUACCGUCCGUGAUAAUUUAAGGAGACAAAGUAGCACUAGCUCAUAUAGAAGAUCUCAAAAUACCAUGAGCAUCGUCGAUAGAUUUAAAAUUGGUAGAAAUGUUGGCGGUGGAGUUGAUGAACAAGUUGAUAAUGAAGUUCAUGAAGGUUUGGUAAGGGAUGUAUCAAACAGGGGUUCUACUGGAAAAGACAUAAGAUAA